ACACAUACCUAACAAAACUAGUGAGGACCUUAUGUAGACACAAUAGAUUUAAUACCAAGUUCACAAUAUUUAUUAUACCCUAACCGUAAAACUCAGUCUUAUAAACCUGUUGACAUUAUUGAAGUACCACAUGAUUUUAACGAGUUAUGAGCAUUUAAAACUGAAGUAAUUUCUGCACCACUAGCGCCAUCAAACAGAAUUGCAAAAAAAAAAAUUUUCAAACAUAUUUCUCUUCCCCCGUCUGCCGUUGAUUGAACAAACAGAUAGACCGCCCCGAACUCUUUUAUCAUGAUAUAUGUGAAGCCAAUGUUGCUAUAUUGGUCAUUUCGAGACGCUCCGAUCAACCGCAAUGUUUUGACAGAGCCACAGAGAUACAGGCUUUACAUUUUCACUUGCAUUUGAAACUGGGAUAAGAGAAAGUAUCGUGACAUCAAAAGGUUACAUAAUUUUUUACACAGCUUUAACUUAAUGAGGACCAAGUAAGUUUUUUAUUUGAAAUGUUUCACUAUAUUUUUUAAGGACAUUUAAAAAUAUGUGGUCUUCACAAGUACAGCUUAACAUGAACACACAGUUUUUUUGUGUUGUGAUAUUAUAGAAGGAUAUAAUAUGGAUGAAGACUGAUGCUGUUGUGUGUGUGUGCGCGUGUGUAUGCGUGUGUGUGCGCAUGUGCACGUCUGUGUGUGCGUGUCUGUGUGUACGUGCACUCAUUCAUGUGUGUUUGUGUGCGUGUUUUUGUGUGUGUGUGUGUGCACGCGUGUUUGUACGCGUCUGGGUGUGCGUGCAUGUGUGUGUGUGUGUGCACGCGUGUUUGUGCGCGUCUGGGUGUGCGUGCGUGCGUGCGUGUGUGUGCAUGCGUGUUUGUGCGCGUCUGGGUGUGCGUGCGUGCGUGUGUGUGCAUGCGUGUUUGUGCGCGUCUGGGUGUGCGUGCGUGCGUGUGUGUGCGCGUCUGGGUGUGCGUGCGUGCGUGUGUGUGCAUGCGUGUUUGUGCGCGUCUGGGUGUGUGUGCAUGUGUGUGUGUGUGUGUGUGUGUGUGUGUGUGUGUGUGCGUGCAUGUGUGUGUCCUUGUGUGUGUGCACGUCUCUGUGUGUGUGCACGUCUCUGUGUGUGUGGGCGUGCACGCGUGUGUGUGGGUGUUUGUGCACAUGCGUUUGUGUGUGUGUGCGCGCGCACGUGUGUUUGUGUGUGUGCGUAUGUCCUUGUGUGUGUGCGCGCGUCUGUGUGUGUGUGCACGUGUGUUUGUGUGCACGUCUGUGUGUGUGGGCGUGCGUGUACGUGUGUGUGUGUGUGUGUGUUUGUGCACAUGUGUUUGUUUGUGUGUGUGUGCACGUGUGUUUGUGUGUGUCCGUGUGUGUGUGUGUGUGCGUGCAUGCGUGGAUGUGUGUGUGCACGUGUGCGUGUGUGCGCGCGUGUGUCCUUGUGUGUGUGCACGUCUGUGCGUGCAUGCGUGUGUGUUUGUGCACGUGUGUUUGUGUGCGUGUGUGUCCUUGUGUGUGUGCGCAUCUGUGUGUGCACGCGUGCAUGUGUGUUUGUGUGUGUGUGUGUGUGUGUAUGUGUGUGUGUGUGUGUGUGUGUGUGUGUGUGUGUGUGUGUAGUGGCUGGAUCUCAGCGUUGACUGGACUGAAUAAAAGUAUUCCUGUGGGCAUCAUAAUGAUUCUGAUCGCUGCUCUCUUCACGGCGUCAGCUGUCAUCUCGCUCAUCAUGUUUAAAAAGGUCCAUGCAUUGUACCGAACCACCGGUGCAAGUUUUGAGAAAGCACAGCAGGAGUUUGCCACCGGCGUCAUGGCCAAUAAAACAGUCCAGACCGCCACUGCUAAUGUUGCAUCCAACGCUGCCCGGGGAGCCUUUAAAGAACAGAUCUGAUUGGUCCAGAGAACUUAGAACACGCCCCCUCCGUCCUUUGUACUUCAACCCCGCCCUCCACUUUCCCUAACUUUACUUACAGUCAUUCAUGAGCUUUGAUUGGCUGUUCAAAACCACACUCACUCUCAAUGGCCCUAAUGCACUCCUGACUGACUGAAACCCCGCCCCAGCCCCUCCCCUCCUGUCAAUCAGCAGGUGUGCACACCUGUUCUGUGUGUGUGGAAUGCCUGUCUGCUCUCGAGUGUGUGGUUAUAUAUAUGUGUGUGUGUGUGUGUGUGUGUGUGUGUGUGUGUGUGUGUGUGUUUAAACAACCUAGAAUCAUCACAUUAUAUGUUCACAUCACCGUUGGGUGUCCGCUCAUCCCUGUUAUACUGUAAACAAACAGGAAUUGAUUUUGAUGUAUGUCCUUUUAUGGGAUUCAAGGCAAAAAGAAUGAUGAUGCCCUAACAGGUUUGUUUUACCGAUAUUCCCUGGUUUCUUUUUGUAAUAUAACUGUUUUGGAAUGAAAACCAAUUCUUUAAUGAUGACCCAUUCAGGAUCUGUUCCUGCAAAUGCAUGGGAAGCUUGCUAAGGUAUAGAUGGGAAGCUUGCUAAGGUAUAGGCCGGGUCUCAUCUCUCCCAGUCUUGCGUGCUAUAAACUGGAAAUCACGUAAAACACACUUUCAAGGGGAUAAAAAUAGAAGCGCAAAAGUAAAUCUUUGCAUAAUGCCCCUCAAAACAGAUGUGUAAAAUCACUAUCACACGUGUGCAUUGAUGUAAGACUGUGUUGGGCCGAAUCAGUACCAGAUUGAUCCACUACUGACCUUCGUCAGGGUAGGCCAUAUUUAUUUUGAUGCAAAUUAAAAUGAUUGAAUGUGAGUGAUAAACGUUUAGUCCAUUCAAUAAUGUCUUAAGGUCACAUCGUUUCACUACAGCUGCUUUAUGAAGUUUUUUGACUUUCUUUAAACUGUUCCUCUCCACCGUUCCUCUAAGUAGGACAAAUAAGUGCCCCACUUCUUGUCAGAGGCACCCAGAAAGACGUAUUUUCAAUAUUUUGUCUGCCGAACAAUCAAAACCCCAAUUCCGAAAAGGGACAGUAUGAAAAGUGCUAAUAAAAACACAAAUGAGUGAUUUGUAAAUGAUAUUCACCCUUUGCAAUAUUGCACUACAAGUACACAUUAAAUUACGUUUGACCCUGUGAAUUUCAUAGUUCAUAGCUACCAUAUCUAUUAAUGACACUUAUUAAGCAUUUACGCACUGAAGACACAAGUUUAAGUUUAAGUAAAAGUAAAAGUGAAAUUUUCCCCCGUUCAUCCACUAUGCAGGUCUUUAGCUGCACGGUUGUACGGGGUCUUCGUCGCCGGAUUGUGCGCUCCAUAAUGCGCCACACAUUCCCAAUUGGAGUCAAGUCUGGACUGCAGGCGUGCCAAUCUAGCACCCGCACUCUCUGCUUACACAGCCAUGCACUUGAUAUCCGGGUAGUUUGUGGUUUGAAGUUGUCCUGCUGGAAAAUGCUGGGACGUCCUUGGAAAAGACAGUGCUUGAUGGCUGUAUAUGUUGCUUCGAAAUGUUUACAUAUCUGUUUGCAUUCAUGGUGCCCUCACAGAUAUGCGAGUUACCCAUGCCAUGGGCACUGACACACCCCGGGCCCAUACACACACACUGGCUUUUGGACCUGAUGCUAAUAACAGCUUGGAUGGUCCUUUUCCUCUUUAGCCCGGAUAAAAUGACAGCUUUGUUUUUCAAAAACUGUUUGACUGUUUCUACUUUCCAUCUAAGAUGAGAGCGAGCCCAGAGAAGACGUCAGCGCUUCUGGACAGUGAUGAUGUACGGCUUCUCCUUUACAGAGUUAAGUCUGAACUUGCAUCUGUGGAUGCAGCGGCGAGUGAUGUUGACUAACAAAAGUUUACUAAAGUAAUCCCAAGCAUAGACUGUAAAAAAAGAUGGACGACGCCCCUUCGCUCUUUUCCAUUGGUUAGAACUGAAGCCGCCAGUGUCCCGAUAUGGUGCUGACAUCUUGGGACUUGAGUCUGCGCAGUUGCGAUUUCAGGACUAGACCUGCGCAGUAGUGAGCAGGAAGUAAAGCCGCGAAAUCAAGGCCCCGCCCUCACUCUCGCUGAAUCAAUCACACGCCCCUGCACUUUUGACUUUUGACUCAUGAUGGUGUGAAAUAAUUAAUUAUAGAAAUUUAGAUAUUACAUUUAAAGCUCCAAUCUCCUCAGUCCUCCGAAGAUCCCGAAAAAAAGUCAGUCGGUGCUUCAGUGACUACUUCCCUCAGAGAACCUGUCAAUCACAGCUGUCAAUCAUGAUGUCACAGCACCGUUUUUAUAGCAUCAAAUAACUAAAAACAAACUUAUUUUGAAAACAAACACUUGAAAUGACAUCAACGUGAUAGAAACGACAGUAAAUGACAGAAACUAUCUUUGGAAAAAAGUGAUUUAAUUGUUUAGUUGGUCUCACGUCCCGUUGAAUAACAUGGGGAGGCGGGGUUUAUGACCUAUACUAGGACCAGCCACCGGGGGGCGAUCGAGACGUUUUGGCUUCACUUUUGAGGGCCUAUGUGGCACACUUGAUCCCAAGACCAUCACCUAUUCAUGAUAUCCAUUACAGAUGAAUGCCAUUUUUUAAGACAGUGACGUCUGAGGGAUCAGAGAUCAUGGGCAUUCAGAAGUGGUUUUCGUCUUGUCCUUUACGCACUAAGAUUUGACUAUAUUGUGCAGGCUGUUUAUAUAGGCUGUUUUUGGAGGCUCCUUAUAUCCAAGACAUGACUGCCAAACAUGUUUAACAUCUCCUGUUUCACAUCGCCUUGUUAUUUCAACUCGUCUAAUUGUUAUUAGUCUUAAAUUGCCCCAGCCUCAACUUUUUAGGAGCUGCAAUCAUCUGAUUUGAAAUGACAGUGCAUUUUUAAAAAACUAUGAAAUUCACAAGGUAAAAACAUCAUAUAACAUCAAUAUAGCAAAUUACAGUCAUUCAUGAUCUUUGAUUGGCUGUUCAAAACCACACUCACUCUCAAUGGCCCUAAUGCACUCCUGACUGACUGAAACCCCGCCCCAGCCCCUCCCCUCCUGUCAAUUUACAAAUCACUCUUUUUUUUUGGUUUUAUUAGCAUUUUUCAUACUUUUUGGAAUUGGGGUUGUACUUAUAAGGCCAAAUCAACAGAUUUAUGACCAAUUUACACAAAAAAAGUUUUGUAAAUUUUUUACGAAUAAGGCCCAAUCGACCAAUUUACAGAUUCGUGUUUAACUAAUUAGGCCCAAUCAGCAUGACAAUUUGCACAAGAUCAUAUUCAUGACCAAUUUACAUAUAUUCUUUGUUCACUUGUUACUAAUAAGGCCCAAUCACACAAGAACGGGUUUAUGAAUGUUUUUCACAAAUUGUUAUGUUUUUGCGUUUUAUGAAUAAAGCCCAAUAAAAACAUUUGCUCAAGAAUGGAUUUAUGACCAAUUUACACAAUUUACAAAUAAGGCUCAAUCAACGUGGCAAUUUACGCAAGAAUGAAUUUAUGAAUUCGUUGCGCUUGUGUUUCACGAAUAAGGUCAAAGUAAAUAUGUCAUCGAACUUGACUAAGGUCCGCCAUUGUUGCGUAUUUAAGAGUCCAUUGUCGUCUGAUUUGUUUGUUGUUUGAGGCAAACGUGAUGUGUGUCUGCGUUGAGCUUUGCAGGUGUUUCGACGUGCCUGCUCACAUUACAGUUUGCUCAUUUUCUCUUUUUAUUAAGUGGUGCAGAGAAACUUGUAGCCUUGGUUUCUGUCAACAAGAGACAGCCAAGUUUUGUGAUUAUGGGAUGCUUGUCAAGAUGCAAAUGUAUGUUGAUGUUAACCUUUCAGCUACACUCUGCAUGCGUGUGUGUGUGUGAGAGAGCGUGAGUGAGUGUGUGUAAGAGAGAGAGAGAGUGAAUGUGUGUGUGUGUGUGUGUGAGGGAGGGAGAGAGAGAGUGAGUGUGUGUGUGAGAGAGUGCGAUUGAGUGAGUGUGUGUGUGAGAGAGAGAGAGUGAGGAGUGAG